CGUGGCGUCCACCAGGGACCAGGAGUAGAGAUGGGAGCGAGUAGGUUCACAAGCAGUGAUGAAACGAAACCUCGAAUUCGAGUAUCUCGAAUCAAAUACACAUUGAACCGCGUCCCCAUCGUCAACCAGGAGCCGUCGUCGUUCGAAUCCUCGUCGAAAAGAAGAAGCAACGGACAGAGAGCAUGCAAGAGGAGGCGAGCAGAGAAGGGAUAUCGGCUCUCGCAGCAGCCGCCGCCGUCCACCAACUUCUUAAUGCAGUUCUACCUCGGAUAUACUCGAGUGGAACUGCGUCACGGCAAAGCCGAAAAAGGGUAUCCGGGACUUCUAUUUCAUCGGGACCGGCGGAGCGUGCCAUGCAAACUUCUGUACCGCGGCAAAAAGCCUCCCGAGUGUUAUCGAUAGCAGCAGUCGGAUCAAGCUACAACUUCUCGUAAAUACCGUAGCUCGGCCACGGUUGGUGGCUGCUACGAUAUUCGAGACACGCGGCGAAGCAUUGAUAUCCUUGCGCCGAGCCGGUCCGUUCGGGACGAUAAGGACGCAAGUUUUCAGUGGGCGGCCGAAAGAGGAUCGCGUGACCGCUAGAUUCGCAAGGCCGAUACUGCGUUCGAGUUGGAUGUUGGGGUAGGUUUAUGGGAACGGCCGGAGAGAUUGCCGCGUUUGAGGGAUAGAUUUUAGGUUCUCGUGUGAUAUGUGAUAUCUGGGGAUGAUUAAAAUUCGUUCAAA